CAGCUUCUGCGUACAUCGUUUGCUCAAGUCUCAACAGUUCUCAACAUUAAAUCUGCCAACAUGCCUUCUGAACUGGAGAGAGCAAUGGAAUCGCUCAUUACGGUGUUUCACCGUUAUGCGUCUAGAGAGGGAGACAGUGCCUCACUCAGUCGCAAAGAACUGAAGCAGCUCAUGGAGGCAGAGUUGUCUAGCUUCCUCAAGUCUCAGAAGGACCCAGCUACAGUGGAUAAGAUAAUGAAGGACUUGGAUGCUAACGGAGAUGGCCAAGUGAACUUUGAGGAGUUUGUGGCUCUGGUUGUGGGUUUGUCCAUCGCCUGUGAGCAGUGCUAUCAGAUGCAUCUUCAGAAAAGCUGCAGAAAGUGAAGAAAUAAAAGGAGGACCAAAAGAGGGGGGGAUAAAAAAAAUAAAAAAAACGAAACAAUGAGAUAACCACAGAGCGAAUGAGAUCAGAUGUCUUUUUUUUUAUACUGAAUCAUUUUAUAAAUGACUGUUAAUAAACACUGGCAAGCAGAGGCCGAAAUAUUUCA